CUGUUGGACGCUCAUUUUUAGCGCCAUAUAUAAGCAGCCAUUGUUUUUUUAAUUCCAUAGUCGAACCCCAAAUCUGUUAAGUUAAAGACCUCUAAGGUUUAUUUGGUGAUGAGAAAAUAGUGAACAAAGUGUCAAAAUGUCCUGGACCUUGUACAUUGUGUGUUUUGUUUGUGUGUGUGGUGUUAAGACUCAGGUGAUUCCGGGCAAAUCCAGGACGAACGAUGGUGAUUUUAAUAAUGUGAACUCGGAUGGAUCCUUUGAUUUUGGAUACACGAACAAGGACAUAGGGGGAAGCUACCACUUGGCACAGGGAAACAUCAACGGAGUGGUUGGGGGUCGGUUCGGAGCGAGGGAUCCCAGUAACAAUGAAAUCAAGGAAACCAUUUACACAGCUGGACCUAGAGGGUUCCGCGCAAGAGGUCCGAACGUCCACCGUAAGAUAGACCUGGACCAGCGUCCGCGAGGCAACAUCGGGAACAAGGAUGACCCCUACUUCGACCCCAGUGAAGACCCCAGCUACUCUUUUAAGCAAGAAACGAGGACAUACUCCAAGAAUGAGAACGCUGAUAGCAGAGGCGAUGUUACAGGCACUUACACAUUCGUGGACGACAUCGGUGAACGACACGACGUCUCCUACAUAGCUGGUCGCGACACUGGUUUCCACGUGUCAUCAGCGCAUCCUGACGCACCUAACUUGAUUGGGACACCUUUCCACCGUAUGCCACUAGUCAGGGGAGAGGAUAAACCCAGGGGGAAGACGGCUGUGCAACGAGGACUUGACGGCUCUUACAGAUUCAUAUCCGCUGGUCCCGACCAGAGGAGAACAGAGAGCAGCGACUCUCUCGGUAACGUCAGAGGCUCCUACUCGUUUUUGGAUGACAAAGGUGUACAAAGGACAGUCCAUUACAUAGCAGGCCCUGGCAUCGGGUACCGCAUCGUGAAGAACAGCAAUGAUCCCAUCAUUCCACCAUACUUCCCCACUCUGCCCAGUUCCUUCGACCCAGCGUUCAAUGCUGUUGCCGUUGCUAGUGUAGGCUCCGUAUCACCUUCUUUUACUUCCACCGAUGUAGGAGGGGAUGAUGUUUUUAAAGGACCAGACGGCACUGCUGCUUCUGGACAUGUUAAACCACCUCCAUUCCCCACCGAAAAAGAUAGGCCAAGCAGCCAGGCCGUUAUUCCAUCCGAAAUUGAAGAAACCCCAGACAGUGGACCCAACGGGGAGACCUACGGGCCAGGACCAACCUACGUCCAAGAAACAGGAUCCGAGGACAUAUCGUACAUAGACGAGGAUGCGUCUAGUUUCUCCGGCCCCAAGCCAACUCAAGGACCAGGCAAACCGUGGCGUCCGUCCAGCAAACCGGCCAAACCUUAUAGGCCGACGAAGAAACCUUACGUACCGGUAAAACCUUCUCAAGGGACGAAUAAUAAACCCGACGAUUUCGAAGUUGAGAGUGGCGAACAAAGUAAACCAGAGUUUGCGGUAGGAUUCAAUAUACAACACUCAAAGCCGGGCCCAACUAUCAUUAGGAAUAUAGGUGAAGCAUACUUUGGUAUACCUCCUGGAGUGUCUGUCAGAGCCCAUGUACAAAGUAUUGACUUAUAUCCGUUUGGCUCUAAGCCACUUUCACCUUCUGAAGCUCUGGAGAAUGACAAACAUAACAGUCACUAAUUAAUCCCAAAAUACUCUCACUAAAGUUUAGGUGCAAAACCAAUU